CUCUCUCUCAUUGGUUAGGGGGCUUGGAAAAAAGAGACUCGGCGAGCCCUCCGCUGUGGUGCUGCCGCCGCCGCCGCCGCUGGAGUUGACUCUUCUGCUCGCACUGCUGCUGCAGCACAAACGUGACUUCCAACAUUUUAAAUUUAUCUUUCCUUUUUCUUUUUCCAAGAUGUAACUACAGAUCAGACACUAAGGACCUUCACGUUUCGCUGAUGUAGUUUUUGGAAGAAAAAGGGGGGGAGUGAAGGGCGUCGGUUUUUUUUUUUUUUCUUUUUUUUGUGUCUCUGUGUUGUGUGUUUCGGGGGAAAUUUUCCAUUAUGAGUGUUUUACUAAAGUGAAUUUUUCUUGUUUGCUUCGUUCGUCUUUGGCUCUAUUUUUUUUUUUCUUUUAUCCUUCUCAAUUUUGGAUUUAUUUCAAGGCGAAUCUGGCUUUGGGGGAAGAGGAAGAAAAGUCGGAUUACAAGAUCAACCACCACCAACAAUAAAAACCACCAGGAUAUUUUUUUUGCAAAUUUCUGACGGCUUUAAAUUCAUGAAGCAAUUGUCCCCUUUUGCAAUCACCAUUUGGAUCUCAGAAUGAGCAAGGAAAGACCCAAGAGGAAUAUCAUCCAGAAGAAAUACGAUGACAGCGAUGGGAUCCCAUGGUCAGAGGAGAGAGUGGUACGGAAAGUCCUUUAUUUGUCUCUGAAGGAAUUCAAGAAUGCACAGAAAAGGCAGCAUGGGGAAGGCAUUGCUGGGAGCCUGAAAUCAGUGAAUGGGCUCCUUGGUAAUGACCAGUCUAAGGCAUUAGGAGCAGCAUCAGAGCAGUCAGAGAAUGAGAAGGACGAUGCAUCCCAAGUGUCCUCUACUAGCAACGAUGUUAGUUCUUCAGAUUUUGAAGAAGGGCCGUCGAGGAAAAGGCCCAGGCUGCAAGCACAAAGGAAGUUUGCUCAAUCUCAGCCGAAUAGUCCCAGCACAACUCCAGUGAAGAUAGUGGAGCCUUUGCUACCCCCGCCAGCUACUCAAAUUUCUGACCUCUCUAAAAGGAAGCCUAAGACAGAAGACUUUCUUACCUUUCUCUGCCUUCGAGGUUCUCCUGCGCUGCCCAGCAGUAUGGUAUAUUUUGGGAGCUCUCAGGAUGAGGAGGAUGUCGAAGAGGAAGAUGACGAGACAGAAGAUGUCAAAACAGCCAACAACAAUGCUUCAUCUUCGUGCCAGUCCACCCCCAGGAAAGGAAAAACCCAUAAGCAUGUACACAAUGGACAUGUCUUCAAUGGCUCCAACAGGUCAACACGGGAGAAAGAACCCGCUCAAAAACACAAAAGCAAAGAGGCCACUCCAGCGAAGGAGAAGCACAUCGACCACAGGGCAGAUAGCCGAAGGGAGCCGCCUUCAGUGGCCCAGCCCACAGCCACCCCCUCUGCAGGCUCCUUGGCCAAGGGGCUUCCUGCCAACCACCAACCUCCCCCUCCACAUCGGUCGGCUCAGGACUUACGGAAACAGGUGUCUAAGGUAAAUGGAGUCACUCGAAUGUCAUCUCUGGGUGCAGGUACAACCAGUGCCAAAAAGAUCCGAGAAGUCAGACCUUCACCAUCCAAAACUGUGAAGUACACUGCCACAGUGACCAAGGGGACUGUCACAUACACCAAAGCCAAGAGAGAACUGGUCAAGGAAACCAAACCCACCCACCACAAGCCCAGUUCAGCUGUCAACCACACAAUCUCAGGGAAAACUGAAAGUAGCAAUGCAAAAACCCGCAAACAGGUGCUAUCCCUCGGGGGGGCGUCCACGUCCACCGGGCCUGCUGUCAGUGGCCUCAAGGCCAGCAGCAGGUUGAACCCAAAGUCAUGCACUAAGGAGGUGGGGGGGCGGCAGCUGAGGGAGGGGCUGCGGAAUUCCAAGAGGAGACUGGAAGAGGCACAGCAGGUGGACAAGCCGCAGUCGCCCCCCAAGAAGAUGAAAGGGGCAGCAGGCAUUGCCGAAGCCCCUGGCAAAAAGGCCUCAGCGGCUUCAGCAGAGAAGUCUCUGCUGAAUGGACACGUGAAGAAAGAAGUGCCCGAGCGAAGUUUGGAAAGGAAUCGGCCGAAGCGGGCCACGGCUGGUAAGAACAUGCCGGGCAAACAAGCACAUGGCAAGGCAGAGGGCACCCCCUGUGAAAAUCGUUCUACCUCGCAACCCGAGUCCUCGCACAAGCCGCAUGAUCCGCAGGGCAAGCCAGAGAAGGGGAUCGGCAAGUCUGGGUGGACAGCGAUGGACGAGAUCCCUGUCCUCAGGCCCUCCGCCAAGGAAUUCCAUGACCCUCUCAUCUACAUUGAGUCAGUACGUGCUCAGGUGGAAAAGUACGGGAUGUGUCGUGUGAUUCCCCCUCCGGACUGGCGGCCAGAGUGCAAGCUCAACGAUGAGAUGCGCUUUGUCACGCAGAUCCAGCACAUCCAUAAGCUGGGCCGGCGCUGGGGCCCCAAUGUACAGCGGCUAGCCUGCAUAAAAAAGCACCUCAGAUCUCAGGGCAUCACUAUGGAUGAACUCCCCCUCAUAGGAGGCUGUGAGCUUGACCUGGCCUGCUUUUUCCGGCUGAUUAAUGAGAUGGGCGGCAUGCAGCAAGUGACUGACCUCAAAAAAUGGAACAAACUAGCAGACAUGCUGCGCAUUCCUAAAACUGCCCAGGAUCGGCUGGCCAAGCUGCAGGAGGCCUACUGCCAGUACCUGCUCUCCUAUGACUCCUUGUCCCCUGAGGAGCACCGACGGCUGGAGAAGGAGGUGCUGAUGGAGAAGGAGAUCCUAGAGAAGCGCAAAGGGCCAUUAGAGGGGCACACAGAGAAUGACCAUCACAAGUUCCACUCCCUGCCUCGCUUUGAGCCCAAAAAUGGGCUCAUCCAUGGUGUUACACCCAGGAACGGCUUCCGUAGCAAGCUCAAGGAGGUGGGCCAGGCCCCACUCAAGACAGGCCGGCGGCGAUUGUUCGCUCAGGAAAAAGAAGUGGUCAAAGAGGAGGAAGAGGACAAAGGUGUCCUCAAUGACUUCCACAAGUGCAUCUAUAAGGGAAGAUCUGUUUCUCUAACAACUUUUUAUCGAACAGCAAGAAACAUCAUGAACAUGUGUUUCAGCAAGGAGCCUGCACCAGCAGAGAUCGAGCAAGAGUACUGGAGGUUAGUGGAAGAGAAGGACUGUCAUGUGGCAGUCCACUGCGGAAAGGUGGACACUAAUACUCAUGGCAGCGGGUUCCCGGUGGGAAAAUCAGAGCCCUUUUCAAGGCAUGGAUGGAACCUCACCGUCCUCCCCAAUAACACAGGGUCCAUCCUUCGUCACCUUGGUGCUGUGCCUGGAGUGACUAUUCCCUGGCUAAAUAUUGGCAUGGUCUUUUCUACCUCAUGCUGGUCUCGAGACCAAAAUCACCUUCCAUAUAUUGACUACUUACACACUGGUGCUGACUGCAUUUGGUAUUGCAUUCCUGCUGAGGAGGAGAACAAGCUGGAGGACGUGGUCCACACCCUGCUGCAGGCCAAUGGUACCCCAGGGCUGCAGAUGCUGGAGAGCAAUGUCAUGAUCUCCCCAGAGGUGCUGUGUAAAGAGGGGAUCAAGGUCCACAGGACUGUACAGCAGAGUGGGCAGUUUGUUGUCUGCUUCCCGGGGUCCUUUGUGUCCAAAGUAUGUUGUGGCUACAGCGUCUCAGAAACAGUGCACUUUGCUACCACCCAGUGGACAAGUAUGGGCUUCGAGACUGCCAAGGAGAUGAAGCGCCGCCAUAUAGCUAAGCCAUUCUCCAUGGAGAAGUUGCUCUACCAGAUUGCACAAGCAGAAGCGAAAAAGGAAAACGGUCCCACCCUCAGUACCAUCUCAGCCCUUCUGGACGAGCUCAGGGAUACGGAGCUGCGGCAGCGCAGGCAGCUGUUUGAGGCCGGCCUUCACUCUUCCGCCCGCUAUGGCAGCCAUGAUGGCAACAGCACGGUGGCGGAUGGGAAGAAAAAGCCUCGAAAGUGGCUGCAGCUGGAAACGUCAGAGAGGAGGUGCCAGAUCUGUCAGCAUUUGUGCUACCUGUCCAUGGUGGUACAGGAGAACGAGAAUGUCGUCUUCUGUCUGGAGUGUGCACUGCGCCAUGUGGAGAAACAGAAGUCUUGCCGUGGGCUGAAGCUGAUGUACCGCUAUGAUGAGGAGCAGAUCAUCAGUUUGGUCAACCAGAUAUGUGGCAAAGUGUCUGGCAAACACGGCGGCAUUGAGAACUGUCUCAACAAACCCACACCAAAAAGAGGCCCCCGCAAGAGAGCGACCGUGGACGUGCCGCCAUCUCGGCUGCCAUCCUCCUGAAGAUGCCGUGGUCACUUAUAUAUUUUUUGUAAUUACUAUAUUCUAGUUUGGAGUACUUGCUGUAGGAUACAAGCUGUCUUUGCACUAGCUCUAACGAAGAAUUUCUUCUGGUUUUAGAGAACUGAUUUUGUUUUAGCAUUAAACUGUUGACGUUUUUGUACGUAGAUAUCUAGAUAUUGCAGUCAGGUUUGGAAGCUGCCGUACACUCACUGUUCAAAACCUUUGAGGGGCUGUGUUAAUUUGUAUUGCCCCCAUGGCUGACAAAAGCCUUUUUUUUGUUGUUUUUUGUUUUGUUCGUUUUGUUUUGUUUGGUAACUGUUGGAGAAUAAAGGCUUUUUAACCCA